AGUAUCGUGAUUAUGUUUGAACACAACCAAAUGUUUACAAUCCGCGUUCAAUAAAUUCCCUACUGAAACUGAACCAAAAAAAUUUAUUUGAAAUGCGAAAACAAAAUGCAAAUAUAUCUAUGGCUGCUACAUUAAGAAAAUUCGAAGAUUUAAAAAAUGAAAAGUUUAAUGAAGAAGAUCAAAUUACAGUUACAUCGGAAGAACAGAUCCAAGUUGAAAGAUCUGUUCAAGAAAUCUUCAGAAGCUUCAGAUUAAGAUGUGAUAUAGAUAGUAAUUUACCGAAGUUAUUGAGAUGGGAACAUAUACAAGCACUAAAGCACUGGUUAACAUUUUUACCCCCUGGCUAUAAGUCUCUAGAUGCAAGUCGUACCUGGAUCUGCUAUUGGAUCUUACAUAGUUUAUCACUUUUAGAGGUUAAGUUAUCUGAUGACUUGAAAGAUUCGUUAGUCGAUUUUCUGAAAAGAUGUCAAUGCUCGGAUGGAGGAUUUGGAGGUGGUCCUGGGCAAAUGGCACAUACCGCAACAACUUAUGCUGCCGUUUGCGCUUUGUGUAUUAUAGGUACACAAAAGGCGUAUGAUGCUAUUAAUAGGGACAAGCUACAACAGUUUCUCUGUGACGUAAAGACGGAAGAUGGGGCAUUUUGUAUGCACAGAGGUGGCGAAAUAGAUAUACGCGGUGUUUAUUGCGCUCUGGCAGUUGCAACACUCACCAAUAUUUCAACAGAAAAAUUGUUCGAAGGAACAGCAGAAUGGGUGAUAAGUUGCCAAACAUACGAGGGAGGCUUUUCAGGUUGUCCUGGUUUAGAGGCUCACGGUGGUUAUGCAUUUUGUGGAUUAGCUUCUUUGUUAUUAUUAAACAAGGGACACCUUUGUGAUGUAGAUGCAUUACUGAGGUGGAUAGUAAACAAACAAAUGAAAUUUGAAGGUGGAUUUCAAGGUAGAACAAAUAAACUGGUAGAUGGCUGUUAUUCGUUUUGGCAAGGAGGCGCGUUUCCAUUAAUUCACAGUCUGCUUGCUCAAGAAAAUAAGGAACCGAAGUGGUUAUUAUUCGACCAAGGCGCUCUUCAAGAAUAUAUUCUAAUUUGCUGCCAGUAUCCUGCCGGUGGUUUACUCGAUAAGCCAGGAAGACCACGUGACAUUUACCAUACAUGUUACGCAUUAAGCGGAUUAUCAAUAGCCCAGCACUCGAUCGAUGGCGAAAAAUUGAUAUUGGGGUCACCCGAGAAUAAAUUGGCAAAAACUCAUCCUAUAUAUAACAUUGGACCAGAUUACGUAUUAAGAGCGGGAUCGUAUUACAGUAAAUUAGACAUUCCAGGCAAUGAACCAUCUUUUUUAUGACAAAAAAUACAUCAUUAUACCUAUUGUUCAAUAAGAAGAAAAGUAACAGAUUAUGUGAUUACAUUUACUAAAGGUUUUUCGUUGUUAGUUAUUAUUUGUAUUUGGUUAACAGUUGUAUGUAUUGAAAUAAAAUUAUAAAAACAAAA